AGAUGGCUCAGUGUGUGACCAAGAUUCAGCUGUCCAUCGCCUGUUCAGAUCUUCUGGACAAAGAUGUGGGUUCCAAAUCAGACCCUCUGUGUGUGGUUAUGCAAAGCACUGGAGACGGCAAAUGGAUGGAGCUGGGACGUACAGAGAGGAUCAAGAACAACCAGAGCCCAGAAUUCUCCACUAAACCAAUCGUGGAUUACUAUUUUGAAAAAGUGCAAACCAUGUCAUUUAGGAUUUACGACAUUGACAAUAAAUCAGUGGAGGUCUCUGAUGAUGAUUUUUUGGGAGGCUACCAGUGCACCCUUGGGCAGAUUGUGUCCAGCCAGAAAAUAAAGGGACCCUUGGAGCUGAAACAAGGAAAGCCUGCUGGGAAAGGAACCAUUACUAUCAUUGCUGAAGAGAUUAAGGAUACCAGGGUAAUUAACCUGGAGGUAGAAGCCAGAAAUCUUGAUAACAAGGAUUUCCUUGGCAAAUCAGAUCCAUUCCUGGAAUUGUUUAAACAAGGAGAUGGUGGAAGCUGGCAGCUAGUCUACCGCUCAGAGGUAAUCAAUAACAACCUCAACCCUACCUGGAAAAAGUUCAGUGUUCCUCUGCAGACUUUCUGUGGCGGUGACAUGAACAAGCCUAUUAAGGUUUCAAUUAGCGAUCACGAUGACAGCUCCGAUUUUGACCUGAUAGGAGAAUUCGAGUGCACUGCUGGCAAGCUGCUGGAGGUUAAGGACCAAGCGGUGGAGUUUGACUGUAUUAAUCCACAGAAGAAACAAAAGAAGAAAAGCUAUAAGAACUCUGGCACUGUGAGGGUCAAAUCAUGCAAAAUCGACGUUGAGUACUCAUUCCUGGAUUACAUAAUGGGAGGCUGUCAGAUCAACUUCACGGUGGGUAUAGAUUUCACUGGCUCCAAUGGGGAUCCUAAGUCUCCUGAUUCUCUCCACUACAUCAGCCCGAAUGGAGUCAACGAAUACCUGACAGCAAUCUGGUGUGUGGGCAACGUGGUUCAGGAUUAUGACACAGACAAGUUGUUCCCAGCAUUUGGGUUUGGAGCCCAGAUUCCUCCAAACUGGCAAGUAUCACAUGAAUUUGCCUUAAACUUCAGCCCUGACAAUCCUUACUGUCCAGGAGUACAGGGCAUAGUAGAUGCUUACCGUCAGGCCCUGCCUCAGGUCCGUCUCUACGGCCCAACCAACUUCUCCCCCAUCAUCAACCAUGUCACUCGGUUUGCGGCAGCUGCAGCUCAGCAUAAAACUGCCUCUCAAUACUUUGUUCUUCUGAUCAUCACUGAUGGGGAAAUCACAGAUCUGAAUGAGACUAAAAAUGCUAUUGUACAAGCCUCCAAACUGCCAAUGUCCAUCAUAAUCAUCGGCGUGGGCAAUGCAGACUUCAAGGCCAUGGAAUUCCUGGAUGGGGAUAAUGGUGUUCUGAAGUCGUCCAGCGGGGAACCAGUCGCCAGAGACAUUGUCCAAUUCGUGCCAUUCCGCCAGUUUCAAAAUGCGCCUCGAGAAGCUCUAACCCAGGCUGUUCUGGCAGAGGUUCCCAAACAACUGGUCUCUUAUUUCAAGUUGCUUGGUCUGGGGCCUGUGAAGCUUCCGGAGAAGAGUAAACCAUAGGAGAUAUCUCGGUACCCUUGGACAAGGUGCUUCUCACAUUCCCAACCAGAAGAAUAGCAAAUACUGGGUUUUCCCCUCUUUUUUUUCUCUAUUGCUUUUUUUUUAUAUAUAUAUAUAUAUGUAUGUAUGUUUCAUAGUCUGCUGCUGUUCACACUUAUUUUACACUGUCACUUUGCUAUACCAGACUAUACGAGAGUCUGCACAACUCCAGAGCACAUUUAAAAUGAUAGACCUUGGGGUUAAGGACUAGCAGCAAUUGGGCUCUCAAACCUUUCAAUGGGUUCUGUGCCUGUUACUCAACCACUUAUAGUUUUGUGUAGAAUUCAUUUGUACAUUUUUGUGUGACUAUAGAAUGUGUUAUAAUCAGGUAGGCCACCAUUACUGCAGUAUCAGAUGCUUUGUGGAUGUUCUUACCCAUGUUACUCCUUUGUUAUAGAGUGGGUGGCCUGCAUUCAAAAUGCUGAAUUGUUAAAUGUUACAGAAUUUUUUGCACCCAGUUAUGGGAUCUUUUCUUCAUUCUAAGUCGCAAGACACAAGAAGGAUUUUCUCUUCUCAGCGCAGCAGCCCUAGAUGUUUAUCAAUAUGCCAGGCAUGGACGGUGCAUUUAUAGGUAAUAAGAGUAGACCAGAUCAUUCCUAAAGUUAUUUUGAUGCCUGUGGAAAUUGUAGAGGAUACGACAUGCCUUCAAGCGUCACGCCAACGGCUCAUUCCUUAUCGCAAAGUCAUUUUUGGCCAUGUUUAAGAAGCACUCUAAUACUGUAAGAAUUACAACUCGAUAAGGAGGACAUGAGCUUGGCAGGUCAUAGUAUGUAUUGAGGAGAGAUUACAUGGGUGCAGACUGGUUUCUGCUACACAGAUAUAAUCACUAGCUUUAUUUCUUGUUUUUAGUCCUGGGUCUGCUUCUGCUCAGCAUGGGGUGCAUGUAUAUUUUAUUAAGCCCACAGAUUGCUGGAUGUAUAAACAUCCUGUUUUGGCUGCACCUCCUUAGAUAUGUGAAAGUGUCCCCGCUGCCUGUAGAAUGGUCCCAAAGACCUCACAAUGCCAUACGUUGCCUUGCCUUGGAAUUGCAAUAGACUUUAUUAGUUCACUACUUUGCAUCUUGAAUGCUGGAUCUUUUAAAUUGCAUUUGCCAAAUGCCUUAUUUUUAUAAUUCCUGUGCUUCUAUUAUGACUGCUGCUAGAGUUUUCUGAAUAGUUUGCCUUGCGUCUUCCUGAAAGCGGAAAAUAGGGUUUAUUUCUGUUACAAAUGACCAAUACUUAUAGAAUAUAUAUGAUGCAUAUAAGCCAUAUAACUGCCAUUACAAGCUGAAACUGAUACUAGCUCUUAGGUGCAAUGUGAUUGAUGGAUAAUACAAAAAAAAACACCUAUGUAACCAAACACUGUUUUUCUAUUUUUGUUAUGAGUUUUUUUUCCCUAAAAAAAAAGAAUGCCAAUUGUGAUUACCAACUCUACUGUACUUUUAUUUAUUUGUUCUGCUUUUGUCAGUUACAUUCAGUUGAGUGUUUAGUACAAUAGAGCUGCAGGGAAUUAACAUGCAGAAUGAUAGUAUAUUUAAGAUUAUAAUGUGGGUCCAAUGGGGGGGUGGCAAAAUAGAAAUAACAAACUUGUAACCGUUGCCAUUUAUAAAACUAUAGAGCCUGGAAA